CAGCACCCCAAUCGUCAUUUACAAUCCACGCUAGUCCCCCGUCAAGCGAGCCAAAAAAUGUGCGAUUCGUAUGAGGCCAAGAUCGGCGUGCUUUUCGAUCAGCUAGUCUCCGAAGGCGUCCUUGUGUAUGGGCCCCAUGAAUCGGUUGUGCGCGAGGCUGAGGGUUUUCCCAUUCAAUUCAAAGUCUGCGAGCACCUAUCCAAAAAGCCUCACACCGUGGGUGCUGAACUAAGUCCCACCUUCAACAAAGGCCGCAAAUGGGGUCCAGGAAGCGACAUGUUCUGUCCCGACGAGCGCUUGAUACUUGAACAGCUGAAUGGCACACACGACUUGGCGUUGAACUUGUUCUGUGUUGAUAGGCCGCAGUUGAUGAUGUUGACGAUGGACUCGUACAAGCGCCAACACCAACCGUUGGAUCGCGAUGACUUCCAGACAGCCCUUGAAGUAAUCAGGCGUUGCCCAAGUAUGUACGUCAUAUACAACUGCAGUGAGGCUGGAGGUUGCAGCCGGACACACAAACAUUUGCAGGGCUUGCGUGGCCCGCCUUUUGCGUUUGAACACGUAAUACAAGCGAGCGAAGGCAAGGCAACAGUCCCGUUUCGGUUUUUCUUGCACCAUCUCAGCGCAGGUUUUGCAACAACUUCAGCAGAGGAGGCGCUGGAUGUGUACUCGAAGUUGUUAGAUCAAACGAGGGAUCUUUUGAACGUCGGCCCAGCGGAUGUUUGCCCCCACAAUAUCGUCAUGUGGAAGGACUGGCUCAUCGUCAUCCCUCGUCAAGCAGGAUUUACUGAGGGUGCGAGUGCAAAUGCUGGAGGCAUGAUGGGAUGUGUAUGGAUCCCCGAAUACAAGAGCAUUGAUGAAUGGGAGAGGAUAGGGUAUGCUAAUGUGCUGCGAAAGUUGGGUGUCCCAUCACGCUCAACAUCGGGCUCGGAGGAUUCUGGUCGACACACAACGACAACACCAUAGUAGCAGAGCUUACGACCUUGAACCGCAGAAUUUUGACAGCAUUACGGAUGUGUUUAGAGGCGACCUCGGGUGCGAAGCCCUAAGCAGAAUAGACGGCCCUUUUGAUUUAUUCAUCUUACGAUCCAGAGCAAGGCAUCAUGUUGUGUAGCAUGCACAAGCUUUACUUUGGGCCAAAGCGAAUACGACCACAGAAGGAAAGAAGCGAAGGAAGCAAAUGAGGGCAAACGAAGUAAACUAAGUGAACAGCAGUGUUAUUGUUCUCGAACUUCUAAUCAAGAGUCAUUCUUAUUGCAGUGUUGGGUUACUUUUACCCUGUGCCAAAGAUCCGACCC